UUCACACCUCGCCAGCCACUGGACAACAAUCCUACACAUCAACCAUGGACAGCAACGACGAACCCUUUUAUUUACCUGUGCACCGUGUCGCUCAAGCUUGCGUUACGUGUCGGUGAGCUGUGCCCGGGCCUCCUCUCUGCUUCAGCGCGACUCUGACAAGCUCUUGAGGCGCAAAAAAAUCCGAUGUACUGGCAAUCGGCCCAUAUGCAUGCAAUGUCGCCGUUUGAGACAGGGUUUGUGACUGCCCGUCGGCUUUUACGAAAGGGAAUGACGAGUAUGGGUCAGAAUGUGUCUAUACAGACUCCUUGAACGGUCCCAAGAGCAAUCCGCCUAGUCGGCAAGAGGGGCAAGAGGGGCACUCUGGGGACAGCGUCCUCCAUACAAAUGAGGCCAUCAUAGAACGACUCGCGUCCAUUGAGACGACUUUGCAAAGCUUCGCUGAUAAACUGGAAAGACUUUCCAAUGCUGCUAGCAUCUUCACACAGCCUGGAUCAAGACUUGGUCCCGAAGCUCCUCCUUCGGGCGAACGGCAGUCUAAGAGGAAACAUCUGUCCGACGGAGAGUUGGAAGUGACAUCACCAACUCCCGAGGGAUACUCUGUCUCGGAGGAAGUCUUGAUGUCUGUCGUCGACGCGUACUUUAUGUAUGCCCAAAAUCAGCCAUAUUCAUUCUUUCAUGAAGGCAAUUUUCGCCGCCGUCUUGCUCAGAAUGAGUUGGCCGACCAUCUGGUGCUAGCAGUGGUCGCCAGUGCUGUGCGAUUCUGCACUCAUCCACAGCUGCCGGUAGAUACUCAUGAGGUGGCCGUCACUUAUGCAAACAAAUCGUGGCAAUCCGUGAUAUCCAACUGCUUCGGUACGAGCACGGCUGCCAACGUCUCCAUAGUGCAGACUAUUGCCUUGCUCGCUCUCUUUGACUUUACGGCUGGCAAGUCGCGGCACGGCGCAGCUUGGGUGAAAAUCGGAAUGGCAGUCAGAAUUGCUCAAGACCUCGGUCUUAUGCUCGAGCCCCCAGCCGAUUUAUCUUUCGCCGACCAAGAAGAACGCCGGCGAGUCUUCUGGUCUGUGUACCUGCUGGAUAGACUGGUUUCUUGCGGCCGUGGUCGACCUCCCGCGAUUGUCGACGCUUGCUGCCAAUUACAACUGCCGUGUGACGAGCAAACGUGGAGAGACGGUGCAUGGCAACAGACUUUGACGCUGGAUGAGCUUGCAAACCGUACCUCACCAAGUCCUCAACGUGCAGGGCUGUUCGCUCAUGUCAUUGUCAUGGCGUACACGGUCGGUCGUGCCGCUCAGUACAUGUUACAGGAAUUCAACAUUCGGAGCCGAUACCCUCCGUGGGACCCAUCCUCCGACUUUGCUGCUAUCGAAGCGGAUCUGCUGCAUCUAGAAAGUCGCCUCGAACUCGACAAACCGUUGGCCGAGACCUUGUCCCCCUACUAUAUCCCGGCAGGAGGAGCAGAUUAUCACCACACUGGGCCCAUCGUCUUCUCUACCGCGCUGUUCCACUUGUGCUACUGCAUGCUCACUCACCCAUUCCUCCUCCGACGCCGGCUUGAGAUAGGACAGAUAACAGCUCCCUCGAGCUUCCUGGCUCGAAUGUUUGACACCGGUUGGCAUCAUGCACAGCGAAUGGUGGAGCUUUUCAAGGCCGCCAACAAUCACGGGUGCAUGUUCCGCUCCUCCUUCAGUGGCUACUGCAUUCUUAUUGCCGGUUCCAUCGCGGCAUGUUACACCGAUGACGAAGACACUGCAAAACGCUUGAAGGCUUCAAAUUUGUUGCAGGAGGCCAUCACUUAUCUCCAGGGCACUGGCCGAUAUUGGCGCAACGUUUCAACAAUGGUGAGUCGUGAAUUUGCUUAUAUUGUCUUUGGAAUGUCGGAUCGACCUAAAUCAAAUCUCCCAGGGCGAAAUUCUGCAGCACGCCGCCGAAAAUACACUCGUCUACAGCCAGCUCGCCAGCCAGCGCUCACAAAUUGCUCCCCUUUCGCCAGAACAUUCCAACACUAUGUGGUCGCUCGUAGACUACAGCACCAUCUCAAACGAGACAUCUGCGAGCCUGGCUGCGAACCAAUCAACUACCGCAGAUUUGUGGUUCGACUCGUGGAUCGAUCUCUUCGGAAUGCAAUACAGUGCAGGGGACUUUGGAACUGAUCGAAACGCUCUAGAUGGCGCCGCUGUGCCUCAGGUUGGAAAUUUGCCUGGUCUGUGAGAUGCGACUCUGGCUCUAUUGACAUGACAAGAUUUUCGUCAUAACUCUCAAUGCACCAUACCGAAAUACCCCAAUCUUUCGGAUGCUCAACGUGUCUCCACCACAUAAAUGGUGGUAUUGUGUUGGUCUGGGGCGAAAUACAUUCUCAACCUGCCAUCCACAAUGUCCACGUCAAAGGGAUUCUGGGUAAUAGGUCUUCCAUUGGGUCUCAAGGGAACUGGAAUCUCUGCCAGCGGGACCAAUGUCUCGGCAUCUAGUCCAUUAAAAGUAGUAUUAUAAUGGGAGCGUCGGUGGUGGACAAAGUGGUUGACGUUGACGUUGACGUUGGUGAUGUUGAGGCUGCGAGGACUGAGAGAAUUGAAGUCAACCAAUCACCCUUCCCCACGUGAUAUCAAUUCACGUGAUUUUUCAACGACGUCUCUUCAUACAAACCUAUCAGGUACUUUGAUAUCCGCACACAUAUUACCAAUUGAGCGAGAUAUUGAUGCCUUGACUCAUGCCAUUUGGUCAGUCUCUCAGACGACGUCUGUUCCACAACACUCGUUGCUCCCCUCUACUCCACCACCACCUUUACAUGGCCGCCUAGCUAAUCAUCUAUCUCACCAUCGUCCACAACCAUUGGUGUCUGCUAGAAACGAUCCCAAGACAACUCCCAUGGUGAAGGUCAGAAUCACCAGCGCCAUGAUCGUGCCAACGCGCAGGAUCGCCCAGAUUGUUCCCUUCCAGGGUCGGAGCUCUUCUCCCCAGCAGAGUAAGACCGUCUGCAUCCGCACCAGGAGAUCAAUCGCUAGCAUGGCCAACACAAGAUAUCCCAGUCCAGACCACCCAGACUCUUUCACAUACCAGGUAUGAUCCUCUUCGAGCUCAAUCUGGCGCCAUCUCCACUUGGAGCCACAAUAAACCUGUCCACCCACACUGAAGACGUCUCCAUGCUCGAGAUAUUCUCGGUGAAGCUGAAAGGUCACAAAGGGAAAGUCAGACAAUUCGCCUUUGCCGCAGAUAUACGCCUCAACGCGCGAUACAAGCGUUGCGUGACCCACUGUGUCCGAUGAGCAUAACAGGCUCGUUCCGUGCUGGUCCUUGAUGUGGCCAUAGAAAUGCACUUGUUGGAGCGCACACUCUCGCCGGAGCCAAUGGACAAGCAGGACCAGAUGACCCAGGAUUCCCGCGUGGUCGUGGCUACGGGUAUUGAGGGUCAUGUUACACAGGGUCAAUGAUCUCAGCGUGUAUGAAUGUCGGUGCACAAUGGCAUACAAGUCGUGCAGAUCCAUCUCGACGUUGCCAAACCAGAGCCCGCGCAGGCUAGAGCAGUCAGCCGUUGCAAGUCGCGACAUGAUGUCCGGACAGUCCUCCGUUCGACUGGUUUCCUGCUCCGAAACGUCAUGCCAUGAGUUCAUGGGCAUGUACUCUGUUCCUUUGUCGGCAACCGGCAACACUCCAAUGCCCCGGAACCAUUUGGGCAAUGUCUCUGCAACGAUGAGCAUGUUUUUGUCUUGUCUACCAUUCACUUGUCGAUGAGAGAUUUUGAGUCGAUGUCGACCAGGUCUGAAUUUGCCAGAUUCAGUGGGAGACCCUGUACAGCAGAUUGUGGUCAAGUGCACUCAAAGUAUCUACACAAGUCUCUGCCCCUUCCUGGCUGCCAGAGCGAUGCUUUAUCAUGUCUUGCGAGCACCUGCUCGGCCGAACAAAGAACACCAACAGCUCUGAAAGGGCGACUGACGUACGACAAAAGUCCCUUGUUGUGCCUUUGUCAAAUCCACGGCACACACCUGUUCGAGGUCACUACACGCGUUAUAGGUCCACAACAUCGGCAUGGUCUCAGAAUUAUUGUAUUCGCAUAGCAUGUGCUGUCGAUGGCGUGGACGGUCAACAUGAUAUCGUGCACUACAUACAGUCACCAACGAGCGCGGCAAAUGGGUAUCAUUCGGGCAGUAGUAAAUUCUAAGUGGCAAUUCUUUCCACAUCUUCUCUGCUGUUGACCUCUUGGUGUCGUCGACCUCCUCAAGUGUGAGUGACGGUGACGGACCAGAAUAAGCAGAGUCCAAACUCCACGCUAAAUGACACGACAAAAGGAAGGUUGCCACCACGGGGACCAGCUGGGUCUAGAGAAGAUGCACUACAUGUUCUCCACAAAACGGCCGCCGCUUCUGCCGCUGCUCUUGCUGAUGCGACUUCCGUCCUGGCUGGCCAAGCUUCUCCCAACCUCAUCUCUCGUUAUGCCAUGGAUGGAUAAUCCCAUCGGCAGAGGAGGGGCCUGCUCGUCCAUGACGGGAGUCUGUUGGAUGGGCAGUCGGAUUGAGCUGGCAGCCGGACUCAGAGUCACGGGCGUGCGUGCAGGACUCGGCCUGAUGAAUGCAUAACCGUCAGGUCGGCUAGGAGAACCUAAGGACAUUUGGCUCGCAUUCAUAUUAACGGGCGCAUACGCCCCCGUAGUAAAUCCCUUCUCACUCGAUGCUCCUCGGGCGGUUGGGGUUCCGCCGGUUGAGGUCCUCGCCGUUUCGAUGGUGGGUGACGGAGGAAAGGUGGGUGAGUGUGUUCCGUUACCUCCAUAAAAUCCCUGACUGUCACGGUAAAACGAUGCACCAGACAAGCCGCGCUCUCCACCCUGCAAAGGGUCAUUGGGAUCGCCGCCCGUGUCCUUUUCGAAUGCGCCAUAGUUCCCGCCAUAUGGAUCGCCCCCAUCGGCGCCCAGAACAGGUGCAAUUUUUCUGCCAGCGAUCCGCUGGAAGCCUCGUUCCGAGUCUCGAGCAUGGGGAUCGGUGGUGCCUGUUCCAGAAGUGGUAAAUGUGUGAGUGCUGUGUGGGCGCAGUCGUUUGAAAUUUUGCGCAACGGCGGCAGCAAAAGGAACGACUGACGAUCGUUGAGACAUGGGACCAGGGGGUCCAUGAGAAUGCCCGAUUUCUCUGGUUGCCAGCUGCUCAGGAAGCUGACCACGAGAUUUGAGCCGUCGUCGAUACCAUCGCAAGACAAAGAGGACAAUGACCAGAGCUAGUGCAAUCCCUGCAACACCGCCCACAACACCUCCGACGACUGUUUGUUGUGUUGGGGUCAGCCCAGGCCCUGCAGAGCUUGUUGAACUGGUCUCCGACUCAGGUGCGGCCGAAGAAGUGGUUGUUUCGACGGGUGAACCCAAAGUGCCAGACGCAGCCGCUCCAGGAAAGCUGGUCAAAGGCGCGUGGUUGGUCUCGAGAGGCUCGCUCGAAGACGUGGUGAAUAGUUGGCCAAAGGUAUAAGGGGUGGACGACGCGGUCACGGCGGCGGUAAUCCUGGCAUCAGGGGUUGUGGUCAGGGAUUUGUUGGUCGCAAAGUAGGCGGUGGCUAUUAUUGUGCCAUUGGUGAGGGAGAUCUCGUAAGUCGAUGUGGCAGUGACUGUGACGGUAAGUUCUUCAGUUGUGGUUGUGUCAAACUGGCUGGUGGUUGUGGUGCUGUUCAGUGUCUCGGGCAAGAGUGUAUCUGAGGGGGUCAAUUCGGAUGAAGAUGUGCUGCUGGUGAGUAUAUCAGAGGGCAGGGCAGUCGGAGCAGGUGUCGCAAGAGUGUCCUCGGAAGGGUUAUCGGUGGGGGUAACGAUGGUCGAGCUAUCUGUUAUGGGAGGCACAGUCAAAGAACCAACAUCAGAGAGGGACACAACGGCGCCUGUUGGAUCGGCAGGGACUUCGGUGAUUUUGGAGAUUGUGGUUCCAUCGUUGACGUUGACCUCAAUGACAUUCGUAGUGACUGUAGCUUCGGGAGCCCGCGGGACAAGAUAGAAGCCGGCGUUUCGUUUAGGAAGGAUAGGACGUGGAAGGCGCUGAUAUUGACCAUAGAUGUCCUGGCGGUGGAUGUCGGUGGGACUGACGACCCGGGUGGGUUUCGGCUCGCUAUCGGUCUCUCCUCCUUGAAAUGCCAUUUCCG